AUGCACCGCGCCCUCGUCGACUCGGGCCUCAAACCGGGCAACUGGGUCGUCUUCCCCGGCGGCGGCGGCGGCGUCGGCAUCCAAGGCGUCCAGCUCGCAGCGGCAAUGGGCAUGCGUCCCAUCGUCGUCGACGGCGGGGACCAGAAAAAAGACCUCUCGAUGAAACUCGGCGCGGAAGCCUACGUGGACUUUACAAAGGAGAAGGAUGUCGGGGCGAAGGUGAAGGAGAUUGCGGAUGGGUUGGGGGCGCAUGGGGUGUUGGUUACGGCGUAUCAGUCGUAUAAAGACUCCAUCAACUUCACCGGCGCCCGCAAAGGGGCGAAAAUCAUGUGCAUCGCCCUGCCACCCGCCGGCGCGGUCAACCUCGGUGCCGAACCUAGCACCUUCGUCUUCAACAACCUCUCCAUCAUCGGCACGCUGGUCGGCACGAUGCAGGAUACAGCUUCCGCGCUCGACUACGCGAAGCGAGGUUUGUUGAAGCCGAUCCAUGAGGUGCGGGGGACGUCGAGGUGGGAUGAGAGUGUGCAGGCGUUGAGGAAGGGGGAGAUUGCUGGGAGGAUUGUUAUUGAUUUCAACAAGGACUAA